GGAGGAUGUAUGAAUGCAAGAAAUAAGUAAGACAACUUUGUGGAUUAAGAUCUGUUUGGAUGCCGAAUAUGACAGCCAACCAAUGGCACCUCAGAAGCUUUAUUUUGGUCCAACCAAAUAUAGCAAGGCGUGUAAGAUAAUUACAAGGUGUGCAGUGAAGAGUGUACUUGAUGUGAUAGGGAAUCUGCCAGAAGAGUUGGAGUGGUUCAAAUCGCAUCCGCAGUUCAAGCACUUGUUUCAUAUGUUUAAGGAGCCAAACCACAUGAAUCAAGGGUUGUGGAUGCUUCGUCUUCACACAGCCUAUACUGAGAAGCAAAACGAGGCAUGGUUUGUGGUAAAUGGAGUGCCUAUUCGAUAUUCUUUGAGGGAGCAUGCACUGCUAUGUGUUCUUGACUGCCAUGACUACCCUGCGGACUAUAAGAAGUUGGAGAAACUGAAGUUUGUGCAAAAGCACUUUGGCAGGGAUGACAAAAUCAAGAUCGCAGAAGUAGAAGCAAAGCAAGAGGAAAUGAAGGAGACCUCUUUGGACAGGAAGAAGAUGGCAUUAUUUUUGUUUUUAUGCAAAGUAUUGAAGGCGAAGUCAAAGGCUGAUGGAAAUAUUGACCCAUUCUUGCUAAGAGCAGUGGGAGAUCUGAAACUGUGCAGAACGUUUUCUUGGGGGCAUUACAUGUUUGACAAUGCUAUGAAGGAGAUCUAGCAUGUGGUCACAAGUUCAAUGGCAGCAUAAAAUCUAAAGGAGCUGAAUGUCCAAUCUUUGGUUUCAUUCUUCCUCUACAUGUACAUCUCAGUUAAUUGAAUAUCUGUUUGGUAUGUGGACAAGUAGGAUAACUUUGUAGAUUAAUACUUGUUUGGUCUGUGGACAACUGAGACAACUUUGUAGAUUAAUACUUGU